CGCACACACCCGGCGAGGCGAAGAGGGCCGGGCCGUCCCUGCCGUCCCCGCUCGCUUGAUGCGCCCCCGGCCCGGGGUCGAGCCGAGCCGCGCCUCCCGGGCGACCCAGCGCCGCCGCCGUCUCCUCGUCCUCCUCGGCCACCCCAGAACGACGCCGCCGCCGCUUUAUGGAAGGAUGAUGGAGCCGGCGCGGAGGCGGCGAGCGGGGCGCGGCGAGCAAGGCGAGAGAGGCCGGCAUGGCUAGCGCCGGCGGAGGGCCAGGGCAGACGUGCGGUAGCGGAGGUUGCGGUCCGAGGCGCGUCGGCGAAGCUGCCGCUGCUGCCGCUGCUGCUGCUGCCGGCGGCGGCGGUGCCCGCGGCGGGGCCGCGACCCCCGGCGCGGAGCUGCGCAGGCUGGCGGCGGCGAGCGAGGCGAGUCGGGCUCGCAUGCAGCUGGCGGCCGAGCUGCUGCUGCUGUCCGGCGAGGCGCGGCCCGUGUCGUGGUCGGGGGCCGCCGCCUCGGCCGUGGCCUUCGGCGACUCGUCCUUCGCCAAGUGUCGGGACGCGGUGAUCGCCCGCAGCAAGGGCCUCCUCAUCGCCGCCCUGGACGCGCAGACCCAGGCGGGCGCGGGGCGGCCGGGCGAGGCGGCCGAGAGCGCGGCCCGUCUCGGGGAACUGGUGGUGGCGCUCACCGAGUGCGCGGCCGAGGCUGCCUACCGGGCCGGGCUGGCGGCCCCGGGCUCCAGUCCCGCGCGGCCGGGCCUGGCGGACGCGUACCGCGUUGCCCGCUCCCAACACGAGGUGGAGGCGGCGUGCGCCCGGCUCCGACACGGACCCCUGGAGGACCUCACCCCGCAGGUUCUGCUCGACAUCUCGGCCGGCGUCUCCCGGCACCUGCGCCUGCUUACGGACGCGUGCGGCGCCGAGGAGACGGGGCCCGAGGGUGACCCCGCCGCGGACCCGCCACCGGAUCCCUUCGCGCGGGAGCAGUUCAAGCUCGGCGUGCGCAGCGCGGGCGCCUGUGCCUCGGCGCUGCUGGCAGGGAUCCGAGCCCUCAAGGCGGCCCCCGGCGAAGCCACGCGGGCCCGGGCGCUGCUGUUCGCGGCGCCGCUCGUCCACGCCGUGCGCGCCCUCGCGGGGCUGGCGAGCGAGCCGCGCUGCCGAGGCCGCGCCGCGACGCUGGGGCCCGAGGGCCGCGCCGCGCACACGGCUAUCGCGGGCGGGGCCAUGAGCGUGGUGUCGGCGUGCGUGCUGGUGGUCGAGUGUCUCGGGGACAACGCGCAGCUGCAGAUGCAGCAGCUGCAGCAGCAGCAGCAGCAGCAGAGGCGUCACGGCCAAGCGGGGCCUGCGGACGCGCGCAGGGUGGCCGCCGCGCUCGGGGAGAGGCUGCGGCAGGCCGUGCGCGCCGCCUCGGACGGAUGCGAGAUGCUGUCCCACGCCCUGAGGGAGCGCGCCUCUCCACGAGCCAUCGCCCCGGCCAUGCAGUCCCUGGCGCUCAGCUGAUAAGCAGCCCCCCCCGCACCGCGCGAGACUCUCACCUGCGUGCUUAAGCGCUCAUCAGCCGAUACCUCCACGCACACCAUCAUACAUCCUCAGCCAUCCACUCGCUACCACACUGCAUCCUAACCUAUUCGCCAGCCUACAUUCUCAACAGGUUACCAUCCUCACUCUCCCUCUCAACAGCUUUCUCAACGGCUCAUACGUAACACAACUCGCCAACAUAUAUCUUCACUCGCCCACUCACCCAUCUUAUAUCCUAAGCCACUCAACAGCCAGUAUCACCACCAGCCACUACCAUCAACCUUGCAUCCUCACCCACUCAUCACCCCAAACCUCGCGAUCACCGAACAGAUCUGUGAAAUUUGUGAACCUGGGAACAAACCUCUACCCCAAGCUCAGGGGUAACGGCGUCUCCCGCUCCGGGAGUUUCCGGCACUCAGUCCUGCCGGGUAAUGCUGCUGCUGAUGGUGGUGGUGACGGUAAUAAUGAUGAUGCGCUGUGUUUUUGAGACGACUGUUGGAAGGUGUCGGUGCGUGCACACGUUGUGAGGUUAUGAAUGCUCCGUGUUGAAUUUAAAUGCCCGCGUCGCUGUGAAGCAGAAAUUGCGAUCUCGGGUCGAGGAAAUUCCUGAUUGUGACUGUAACCGCGUUAACGUAUGGAACCCAGCCCUAUCUUAGCCUUAAUACCAGCACCAAACUAACCCUAUCCCAGCCUUAA